AGGAACAUGGCUUCAAAGAUUUUAUGCUUCAUGCUCCUCUUCAUCAACAUCUGCACAGCAGAUGGAUACGAGCAUUACUCUUCAUCUCGCUGCCUGUUUAACUCCACUGAGCUGCAGGACAUCGAGUUCAUAAGCUCUUACUAUUACAACAAGAUAGAGUAUGUCAGGUUCAGCAGCAAUGUGGGAAAGUAUGUUGGAUACACUGAGUUUGGUAUGAAGAAUGCAGACUACUUGAACAAAGAUCAGGCAAUACUCGCUCAAAUGAGAGCUCAAAAGGAGGUUUAUUGCCAACACAACAUUGGGAUCUGGUACACAAAUGUUCUUUCUAAGUCAGUGAAACCAUCAGUCAGACUUCACUCCACGAUGGCUCCUGGUUGUCACCAUCCUGCCAUGUUGGUUUGCAGCGUUUAUGACUUCUACCCCAAACUGAUCAAAGUGAGCUGGUUGAGAAAUGGACAGGAAAUAACCUCUGACAUCACUUCCACUGAAGAGUUUGCAAAUGGUGAUUGGCUCUACCAGGUCCACUCCCACUUGGAGUACAUGCCCAGGUCUGGAGAGAAGAUCUCCUGUAUGGUGGAGCACGCCAGCCUGGAGAAACCACUGAUUAUUAACUGGGUGCCACCCAUGCCUGAAACAGAGAGACUGAUCAUCGUUGGAGCCGUAGGACUGAUCCUGGGUCUGAUCUUGUUUCUGGCUGGAGUCAUCUACAGGAGGAAAACUGGAGAUACAUCUUUGGCUCACAGGUUCAGUGAGAAACAGGCAGAGGACUGGAGCAAAGAUGCUGCAGCUCUGAGCUUGUGGAGACCUCAGAAGGAGAUGUUCUUCAAACCCGACUCUGAGCUCUGCUUCACAAAUGUUCUGCCUAAGUCAGUGAUGCCAUUGGUCAGGCUUCACUCCAUGACGCCCCCUGGUGGUCGUCAUCCUGCCUUGGCGCUCUGCAGAGUCUACGACUUCUUCCCCAAGCAGCUCAAAACUAGGUGUUGCUGCAGGCUGCUUUGAUUUAUCCUCAUGAUUUAUUUGAAUAGAUCAUAAAAGAUUUGUAGUCUUUGUGCCGGCACAU